CCGCUCGGCCGUUCUCCCGUCUCCCCUUCCUUUGGCCACCGGGAUCCGCGCCGCGCGCCAACGCACGUUACGUAGCCACCCACCCGAGCCCAGCCGCACGCCGCCGGUCGCCGGUCGCCGCCAUGGACCCGACGCCGCAGUCGCACCCGAUCCUCGCCUACGUGCUGUCCCGCCUCCCGUCGCUCCUGCCGGCGUCCCCGACGCUGUCCACCCCGCGCGCCCGGGACAUCGAGCAGCCGUCGACCCCGCGCGCGCCGUCGGGCGCCGCGGAGUUCGACCUCGUCAGCCGCAUGCCGGGCCUCCGCCACCCGUCCGUCCUCUCCGCCAUGUCGCGCGCCGUCGCCGACGUCUCCUACGCGCGCGACGCCCUCCGCCUCCUCGGGCGCCGCCCCGACCACGAGCUCGUCGACUCCGCCCACGCCUUCCUCCGCGCCCACGACGGCAAACAACCCCACGCCGCCUCCGCCGAAGAGGAGGAUGAGAAGGUGGAGAAGAGCAGGGAGGUGGUGCGGCUGGACGAGGCGCACGAGUCGUACGGCGGCCUGCUGCGGGAGGCGGAGGAGAGGCUGGAGAGCGUGUACCGGCUGGCGAUGAAAGGGAGGGACAUGGUGGACGCGGGCCGCGGGGGCGGGGAGGAGGACACCGGCGUGGUGGACGAGGAGGUGGUGCGGGUGCUCAGGGAGGCGGAGGAGGGGAAGGUGGUGGAGCGGGUGGUCCUCGCCGACCGCCAGCUGCGCCACCUGCCCGAGCCCUUCGGCCGGAUCCGCGGCCUCCUCGUCCUCGACGUUUCGCGCAAUCAGCUCAAGGCUGUUCCGGAUGCCAUAGGCGGGCUCGAGCAUCUGGAGGAGCUCCGCCUCGCUUCGAACACCUUGGUUUUCCUCCCGGACUCCAUCGGCCUCCUCUCCAACCUCAAGAUCCUCGACGUCUCCGGCAACAAGCUGAGGUCUCUCCCCGACAGCAUCGCAAAAUGCAGGUCGCUGGUGGAGCUGGACGUGAGCUACAACGUGCUGGCGUACCUCCCGACGGGGAUCGGGCAGGAGCUGGCGAGCCUGCAGAAGCUGUGGGUGCACCUGAACAAGCUGCGGUCGCUGCCGUCGUCGGUGUGCGAGAUGCGGUCGCUGCGCCUCCUGGACGCGCACUUCAACCAGCUGCGGGGGCUCCCCGCCGGCAUCGGGAGGCUGGCGGCGCUAGAGUCGCUCAACCUGAGCGGCAACUUCAGCGACAUGCGCGACCUGCCGCCCUCGAUCGGCGACCUGCUCGGCCUGCGCGAGCUGGACCUCAGCAACAACCAGAUCCACGCGCUGCCGGACUGCUUCGGCCGCCUGGAGCGCCUGGAGCGGCUCCGCCUCGACGAGAACCCGCUCGCCGUGCCGCCCAAGGAGGUGGUGGCCGGCGGCGUCGGCGCCGUCAAGGCGUACAUGGCCAGGAGGUGGCGCGACGCCCGCGCCGAGGAGGAGCGCCGGGGCGCCGCCGCCGCCGAGAGCCCCAGGGUGUCGACGCCCAAGGAGUGGCUGGUGCGCAGCGUGUCGUCGCUGGGCAGCUGGGUGUCCGGCGCCGCCGGGCAGCAGGACAAGGCCGCGGCGGAGGAGGACGCCUACCUCCAGCAGAAUCUGUGAGCGCUGCAGCCGCCAUCGCCAUUGCCUCCUUCGGUGCUUUCGUCCGCGUGGUGUACAGAGAACUACGGACCGAUCCGCUUCGCUGCUGCGCCGUUCAUCAAUUGUUCAUCUACUCUUUGCCUUGCUCUCGAUGGUGGUUCCUUCCUGAUCAUCCAUCCAUUGCUGUUUAAAACUUUUAAAGUUUAAACCCAGGAUACUGGACCGCAGUUCCUGUGUGUUUCUUUAUUUACCUUGCUGAUUUGAUUCCUCACCGGUUUGUUGUUGUUUUCUUAAACAUUUUAAUUUUUGUUGGGUUGCUUAACCAUGUUGGGAGUUUGCUAAAUAGUGAACCAUCUAUGGAAAUUGGAAGGCCAUACAUUAUUUUUUUUUAAUCAGGUAGUAUUCCAUAGACGAGACAUUACGAAUUCCAGUUUGGAAGGCCAUAAAUAUUUGAUGAAAUAUAGGUGGAACAUUAUGAGUUGCAAUGCAUUUUGUGAGUUUAAAUAAUGAAUUAUCUU